AUGGCUCUCCUAAAGAACCCAUUGAGCAACCUGGACACAUUUAACAUUUCAAAAGAUUUGGGCUUUAUUCUGGAAGACCCAUUGGAGGAACUGUCUGAUCCUUAUCAGCCCUGGAUAAAGCUUGCAAAAAAUCUGCCUUACCUGAUUGAGGCUCGGCAACUUCAGGAGGAAGUUAAAAAGCUGCCAGAGUUUAGUAUCUGCCACCUCCAAGGACAUAAGGAACUGCGCCUGGCACACCUGGCACUGGGAUUUAUCACCAUGGGCUAUGUAUGGGAAGGUGGUGACAAAGAUGUCGCACAGGUGCUGCCCAGAACAAUUGCUGUCCCUUUCUGUGAAAUCUCAAAGAAACUUGGUUUGCCUCCAAUUAUGGUAUACGCAGACUGUGUUUUGGCAAACUGGAAGAAAAAGGAUCCCUCAGGCCCCAUGACUUAUGACAACAUGGACACUCUUUUUGCAUUUCCUGGUGGGGACUGCAGCAAAGGAUUCUUUCUAGUUUCUCUACUUGUUGAAAGAGCAGCUGCUUCUGCAGUAAAGAUAAUUCCAGAUAUAUUUGAAGCAGUUAUAAAUAAAAACUUGAAGACCCUAAAAGAACAUCUCUGUACUGUGUCUUCCUCUCUUCGUGAGGCACUUCAAGUAUUCAGCCUUGUUCAUAAAUACGUGGAUCCUUAUGACUUUUUCAAAAUUCUUCGCAUUUACUUGUCUGGCUGGAAGGGUAAUGCCCUAUUGCCAGAAGGCCUGAAGUAUGAAGGGGUGUGGGAGGCCCCCAGGAAGUUUGCUGGUGGCAGUGCUGCCCAGAGCAGCAUCAUCCAGUGUUUUGAUGCCCUUCUGGGUAUCCAACAUGGAACUGUAGAUGAUAAUUCCAGUGCUCAAUUCCUCCAGGAAAUGAGGGACUACAUGCCGUCAUCUCACAAGGCUUUCCUUGAAGCAGUUGCCUCUGGCCCAUCUGUUAGAGAGUUCUGUCUUUCCAGUAAGGAUGCUGAUCUGAAGGAAAUCUAUGAUGAAUGUAUACAGGCUCUAGUUGAUCUCCGGGACUAUCACCUUCAAGUGGUGACCAAAUAUAUCAUCAUUCCAUCAAGUCGACUCAAGAACAAUGCAAAUAGGGAGAAAGUAAAAGAGAAUGAAGAGAAAGGGACAGGGGGCACAGACUUAAUGAAUUUCCUUAAGAGUGUAAGGAAUACAACCAAGAAAGCCUGCUUGUAAGAGAGCUAAUAGGUUACAACAUUCAUAUUCUAUGAGCACAAUAAUAAUAGUCAAGUUUUCUUCAUUUAAAUAUUUUUAUUGAAAAGAUUUAAAUUAUUAUUACUCAAAGAACACAUUCUUAUUAAACUUCUGUGUCAGACACAAUUCUUAGGGUACUUAGGCAAAAAAAAAUGGAUCUCCUUUCAUUGAGAUUAUAUUCUACUUAGUAGGUAUGCAGUUGAUAGUCUUCAAUCAUCAAUUAAUGAAUGAAUAAGUAUUUAUUAAGCACUUUACUAUGUAUACUGUGAUAAGUUCUAUGGAUACAAAGAAAGAAUGUUUUGGACAAAAAAAAAAAACAGUCCCCACUGUCAAGGAGUAUACAUUAUAUAUAGAGAAGAGUCUUGCAAGGAACAGUCUUCCUCAGGGCAGCUAGAUAGCUCAGUGGAUACUGAUACUUAGUAUUGAUUCCAAGAUGGAAGAUAAAAGUUUUUUUUUAA